ACAUUUAUUUUAUAAGUUAUUUACUUAUAUAAGCCAAUGUUUAGGGGUUCAAUGUGCAAAUAUAAAGUGUUCGGAAAAUACGCAUCAAUACUAGCCUACAUAAAGAAAAGGCUUCUAAAUAAGAAGUAAUUGGCAUUUAUUUCCCAAAGUUUCCUGAAGGAUCCAAGGUAACAGAUGGCUAGAGCCUGUGCUACGGAUCCUCUUUUCACUGAACUAGCCCAAAACAAAAGGGAAAAGAGAUCGAACGCGUAUUAAGUAUUCAGUCGUGUGGGAAACAUAUGCUUAAUUAAAGCGGUGAAUUUUUUAAAAAUUAUGUUUUGGUCAAGCUUUUUCGAUUUUUGGACCCACAGGCUAUUCCGAUUGAUAGCCUAUACCUACAAUAUAGCCUAAAUGUUGUUUUAUCCAUCUUACACAACUUCAAGCAUGAAAUUAUGUAACGACAAAUGCAAAAUUACCGCCUUUGAAAACGGUUUCGUCUUACAAAUCUUUGGGCUUGGUAAUUACACCAUCAUCAACACACACACACACACACAAACACACACACGCACACACACACGUUCACACAGACACACAGUGAGGAUAACCAUUCUCUACCAACGCUGUAAGGGGGCUAGGGUGCACAUUACUAUUCAUACAAUGCAGUCAUAGCGUCAGUCACAGGCGUCCACAGAUGUUGCUAAGAGAGCAUCUCAGUGAGCUUGCAGAAGGAUUGGAGCGGAACAUUUGUGAUGUUUUCUCACCAAGUUGAUUUUGGAUUCUAUUUUCAUUCCUAUAGUUGGCGGUUGCAAUUUCGCCAACUCUAAGGAUGAUUUUCAUGUAUUUACUGUUCCUCUGCUGUUUGUCUCCCUGCGCCGCAGAUCUAUGCAACUGGAGUGGAAGUGGCUUGGCGCGUGAGGCUGAGGCGAACUCGCGGACUGUGCAGCAGGUGCGGCUGCGUUGCACCGAGGGUUCGGUGGAGUGGGUCUACCCGGGCCAGGCGCUUCGGGUCGUCCUGGAACCCAACCUGUCCUCUGCGCGCCACACAACGGUCUGUAUCAAACCGUUCCGCAGCUUCCACGGCGCCAGCGUCUACAUUGAGCGGGCUGGGGAACUGGACCUGUUAAUGACGGACGGAGGGCGGCCAGAGCAGGUGUUCUGUUUCCCGGUGGACGGACCUCAGAAGCCAGCCAUCUUCCUCCUGGCGAACCCGCAGAGUGAUAUCAGCCGACGGGCAGUAGGCUUCAGAUAUGAGCUGCUGGGCAUUCGGACCACUGCGCCCAACCUCGGCCAAAGUGUGUUGCAGUCUAGCUGCCGUCCCUGCAAUGACACAGAGCUCCUCCUGGCCAUCUGCAGCAGUGACUUUGUGGUUCGCGGAUCCAUCAGGAACGUAUCCCACAAUGCUGAGCGUCAGACAUCGUUGGUGGAGGUCUCGGAGGGGAGGGUGUACCGGCAGCGUAGCGGGGUGUUCGAGCGCCAAACCGGCACCAUAGGGGUUCCCGGUUCCAGUUCCUCCUGGCACGGUCACAUCCACACACUGUUACAGUGUCACGUAAAGCCUGGGGGCGGAGAGUUCCUCUUCACAGGGACAGAACACUUUGGGGAGGCCUGGCUGGGCUGUGCCCCCCGCUACAAAGACUUCCUGUCCCUCUACCAAUCAGCUUGGGCGGCUCGUCAGAACCCCUGUGAGUUCCCGCUGGACUGAAGGUGCGUCCCAUUUCCUAGUGGUCCAUGAGCCAUUUGACCUAUAGGUAGGGAUCCCACGUAGGGUUUUACUUUCUUAAAUGGAACACAUUGAGUCUCUUUCUAACCCGGUUGCCGUGGUGGCGUAGUAGAGAUUAUGUCGCCGUGGCAGCAAACAAGCGAGAUGGGUUCCUCACGACCACAGCGGUUUGAGAGACAUCCGUUCUACUCCUCCUUAUUCUAUACCGCUCACGACACCAGCAGGGACAAAUCUGUGGGAGCACUUGUGGAGCACAGGGAGUACAAGGCCCAGGGCAGGGGCCCACAGGGGACCCAUCCAGGCAGCACUAGAGGGGCCUCCCCUGCCCCUGUCGGCCCCAGCGGGGAAAGGCUUAGAGAGCCUGGCCCUUUGUCUGUCUCUCUUCUCACCGCCCACAGCUCCCAGAGACUAAAGAUGGUUUGACUGCUGCUUCUCUCUUUGUCUCUCCCCACACCAACUGCUGCUGACUUUAAGGUCUCUGCAUGAGAGGUGUCCUCUGAACUACUGUGGCAGGAAAUCAUAUGAUUUUAAUGUGUUAUUGUUGCUGGAGCUUUUAUGUGGUCUUGUUUAUUCCUUUGUAUGAUAGGUUUUGAAAUAUUUUGUUGUAAUGUAAAUGAAAUGUUUUGUAAAUUCACUAGGAUUUGCUUAUUUACAGAUUGAUUGUAUCAUUUUGGUUUUAUUACAGGGUAUUGAUGAUGCUACAGUGUAGGUGCAAACCUUCAGUUUGAUUACCAUUUAUUGCCAAAUAUAUAAGCAACGUUUGUGGGGAUUUCUUGUGUACUUUUUUGAUUGACUUGAAAUGCACUUUCAAGCAAUUAUUUAUACUUUUGGAAGAAGAGAUUUGGUCUUCAUAACAUUCUUUAUUGUGGUUCUUGAGCAUUAUGGGGAAAUAUUUGUUGAAAAUAGCUCCUCCUGUAGGAAAUAAUGAUCAUGAACGAUGAGAACAUUUGCAUUACAAUUUGCUGCAACACAUUUAAAUGACAAAAAUAUAUA